AUGGACGACGACGACGGGAUGGAGAAGUUUUCGGUCAACGACGCCGACCUCGACUUCGCGAUGAACCCCGGGAAAUAUCGUCGACGUCAAACGAAAGAGCAAGCGGCGCUAGGGAUUUGGGCCGGCGGCUCGUCGGACGAGGAUGAGGUGGCGCGACCGGCUUUCGGAAAGAAGCGCCCAAAUUACAACGCGCCGGUGAACUUUGUGAGCGGCGGCAUCAAGGUGGGCAACAAGAUCGAGCGCGAGGACGGUGCGGGCCCGCCGACCAACAAUAUGGGGCCGAAGAUGGAAGAGGAUUCCCCGAUCGAGCUCAACUUCAACAAGAAGCAAAAGUCCGCGCCGCCGCCGCAGAAGAAGCAAAAAGGGGCCAAUGUGUUUGCCGGCAUGCGCUCCUCGACCGUCAAUUCCACCGUCGACAGCGCGCAAAUGGACGACUGGCUGACGAAGUCCGGAAAGGGGAAUGUCUUGCAGAAUAUGAUGAAGAAAAUGGGCUGGGAAGAAGGCAAAGGUCUCGGCAAGCAGAAGCAGGGCAUCACCGAGCCGGUCCAAGCGGCGCUACGACCGGAGCGCGGUGCCGUCGGCGCGUACGGGAAGGAGGUCAGCUCUGCGGGCCCCAGAUUUGGAGAAAGCCCCGCCGAUGCACAAAAGCGGAUCGCCAGCACUUGGAAGAAGACCACAAAGGUCAAAACCGUCUACAGGACGGUCGACGACGUGAUCAACGACGGCGGCAGCAUCCGUGCCCUCAAGGGAACCUCCGUCUCGAAGGUCAUCGACAUGACCGGCCCCGAGCAGCGCGUCUACAGCGGCUACGACGCAUUUUCCCUCAAGACCAAAGCCGAAGCGGAAGACGAGCCGCGCGGGCGCUUCGACGUCCCGGAGUUGACGCACAACAUCAACUUGCUGCUCGACUUGACCGAGGAGGACAUCCGGCGAACAAAUCAUCAACUCGGGGUUCUAAAGGACUCAACCGUGGCCCUCGAGCACGACUACGACCGCGCCAAGGAGGAGAUGGACCGGGCCCAGGGCGAUUACGACCGGAUGAAGAGCGUGUUCAACUUGCUGGAUGACUUCUCCAGCAAGCCCAAACCAUCCAUGGUCGAGUGCGAGAAGCUGUUCCAGCGGCCGCGCUCCGAAUUCCCGAUGGAAUAUCGACUUUACCAGCUCGACGCCGCCGCGGUGCCCCUCGUCUUGCCACUCAUCCAAGCCUUCUUCGCUCGCUGGCGACCCCUCGAGCCCGACCAGACGACGCAGGGCAUCGAAAUGAUGAAGCGAUGGCGGGAGACCCUCGCCACGUCCGACACCAAGAUGUUCCCGGCUCAGGCUGUCGCUAUGGAUAAAUUGGCCGCCUUCGAUCGACUGAUGUGGGACAGGUGGAUGCCGGCGAUUCGGAGAGCCGUGCUACAAUGGGAGCCCCGGACACAGCAUCACCAACUAAUCGACGUCGUCGAGCACUGGCUGCCGAUAAUGCCCAAUUGGAUGAAGGAGAAUUUGCUGGAUAGGAUCAUCGUCCCGAAAAUCGAACAGACGGCGCAGCAGUGGAACCCGCUGACGGAUCCAGUGCCCAUCCACUCGUGGCUGAUCCCGUGGCUCGACAUCAUGGGCGACAGACUGGUGCCCGUCUUCGCCCCGAUUCGACAGGCACUCGCCCACGCGCUGAAGAUGUGGACCCCGCUCGACCCUGGUGCCCUCGUGAUGCUAACGCCGUGGAAGGGCGUCUGGGCCCAGGGGACCAUGUCGGCUUUUUGUAAUAUGAACAUCGUCCCGGCGCUGGAGAAGAUGUUCGUCACGAUGAACCUGAACCCCGUCGACAAUCCGACAUGCCCCGAGUUUGGCGCGGUGCUUCAGUGGCGGAAGUUGAUCAACGACGACAUACUGGUCAACAUCAUCAAUCGCUACUUCUUCCCGAGGUGGUUCGACCAAGUGUGCGCGUGGCUGGACAGCGCCCCCGGCGACCGCGCCGUGGUGAACGACGUCCUGACGUGGUACAACGAGUGGAAGGGCCGAUUCCCGCAAGAUCUCGUCGACAAGUUCCCGACAAUAACCGAGAACCUGAAGCGCGCGAUGGUGGCCAUCCACGCGUCUUCGCAGGGCCGACGUGUCGGAGGCGCACCCGCACAGCCAAUCCACCAGACCCCUCCGCCUCCGCCACCCCCGAUGCCCGUCCGCCCGCCACCAAUGCCAGCGAUGCCAACUGUACAACUGACGCUACGCGAGAUCCUGGAGCGGGAAGCCGGCGCCUACGACAUCACGUUCACGCCGCAGCCGGGACGCCAAAAGGACGGACACCAGGUCUUCUGGUUCGGCACGCUGUCGAUUUACAUCAGUGCCGGUGUCGUCUACAUGUAUGAUCCGGCGAAUUUUGAGUGGUACCCGACCACCAUACAACGACUCCUCCAAUACAACAACGCCGUCGCA